UUCCUUCUAUUCCAUUGAAAACAAGGAAGGACUUUCUAAAAAUGGAAACGUUUUUAGCAGCAAGUUGUAUUAAUUAUGAAGCUAUGCGAGAUCUGCUUCAUUCUAAAUAUGCUAGCGCUGUUGGCACAUCUAUUCCCUCAGAACGCAGUGUGACAGGGAAUAUUUUGUCUAAAUUGAUCUCAAAUGAUCUUGCCAAACUGAUAAGUUGGAGUGGGUCAGAAGGUGAUAAGAUAAAGUUUUCUGACACAAAACUAUGUGAAGUUGUAUUUGGUGCAGUUAAACUACGAUUUCCUGAUAGCUUUCUUACUGAUGCUGAAGCCAAGAUUAAGCGUUGGUUUCAAACUGCCAAUGGAAGGAAAGUUAAUGAGUCACAUAAUUCUGAUGCUUAAACUAUUAUAUUUUAUUACUUGUAUUUUGGUUAGAAAGUUAUAAUAACUGAUAUUAACUUUGCUUGUAUACUUUUAAUUUCUGGCAAAGUUAAACAACAU